UGAUUUUAACGAGUGGCUUUUGCCUUGAGACUUUUGAGUGGAUGCCAUUUUUUCUUUGUUAUUGUUAAAUCAUGAAAAGUGACAUUAACUGAAGCAAGAGAGGCCUGCAGUUCUUUAGAUGUUGUUCUGGGUUCUUUUCUUUCAUAACCACCUGUCACGGUCUGAGGCUGCAGACGGUGUGGCUUAUAAGGACCCAAAUGCAGACACUAAAAGAGUAACUAGACCUUUUAACAAAAUGUUCACCCUUUAUUUUGGGUGCUAAAAAACAUGAAAACCUAAACUGGGAAAGUUAAACAAUCAGAAACCUGGAGUGCAAGGGAGCAUGGAGACACAGGGAAGGAUUGCAGAUGAUCUGACGAUGAACACAGGGAAACUCACACAAUCUAUACACAUAGAUGAAGAGGGUGAUGAGGGAAGUGGAAACACACCGGGAUGAAUAGACAUGACACAGGAGGAAGCAAAACUGAACAAAAUGAAUAUGGGACACGAGACUGUCAAAAUAAAAUGGGAAACAAACUAAGAUGCAGACUAGAUGCACGGAUUAACACUGGGACCUGGGGGGGAGGAACAGACAUGGGAACAUGGAAACAGAAACGGGAGGCAAAACACAAAGACAUGUCUAGGACCCAGGGAGCAAGGGACAAAAGAGGCUUUUUAAAGCUUUCCAAACUGAUAGAUAUCAUAUAGGUAAUUCAUGAUUUAACAUGAUUUCUCUUUUUUCCUUCAAUAAAUUAUUUUUAGGAAGUGCAACUAUGGUAUGAAUUUCAAAAUCCUAAGUGGCUUCCUCCUUGAGUUAUAAGAUUCACAAACUUCAAAUCAAAUUGUGGAGCAUUAUCCAUUUACAAAGAUGUAUUAAGUCUUUUUUAAAUACAUCUUUCUCUGCAGUGGUUCCCACAGUGUCUCUCCUCCAGAAGACUCCCUUCGCUCUAGUCACCUGCCACGCUACAGGUUUCUAUCCUAAUACAGCCAUGAUGUUCUGGAGGAAGGAUGGAGUGGAGAUCCAAGACCAUGUGGAGAAAGGACAGAUUCUCCACAACCAUGACGGGACCUUCCAGUUAAGUGUUAACAUGAACGCUUCAUCAGUGCCAUCUGAAGACUGGACGAGCUACAGCUGUGUGUUCCAGUUCUCUGGUGUGGAGGACAACAUCAUCACCAAACUGAAUAAAUCAACGAUCAGGACCAAUUGGGAAAGGCGUGCUGACACGAAGAUAACCAUCACUGCUGUUGUGGUUGUUCUUGUUCUUCUCAUCCUCGUUGCUGCAGUUGGAUUUGUUGUUUACAAAAAGAAGAAAUGUGAGGGCUCUAAAGGAGCUCCUAACAACCUCUCUGAACUGUCUGAGAGACUGAAUCCAGAGACCACAUAAACCUGCACACAGAGAUUGCUUCACUUUUAAACAGUAAAAAUCACAGGAAAAAGUUUCAAAGCAGUGUUUCCACUUCAUUGUAUUUCAGGUAUUUAGAUUUUCUGAAAUGCCCCAAAUUGUUAACAUUCUUUUAUUCUGUUAUUUAUUACUGACAUGCCCCCACAGGCAGAGAAGUGCAGGCAGAUCAGAAGAUAUUCAAGUGAACCCGAUCUGAGAUGUGCUAACCACAUAAGUUAAACAUAACACUGUAACCACAAACCCUCCUAAAACACUGUAAACCUAGAAAACCUAAUGAACUGCACUUGUCAGUGAGCGGUUAACCAGUAAAUUCAUUUCUUCUCUCCGUAAUCAAUUAAGUGCUUAGUGUGACAAAGUGGGUGAGAAGACCAUUUGUCUAUAUUCUUAGUUAACAUUCUUGUUUUGCUUUAACCAUAUUUCACAUGUAAUCUGCAAUAGGCAAACAUCUACUAUCCCGGGUUUGUCUAUGUUUUGCACUUUUACAGAUUAUAUAAUAUAACAUCUUGGU